CCGCCUUACCGGUGUCCCUAAGAGCUGUGUUAAGGUCAUUGCUGUUACUCUGUGUCUAACCAACAGCAGGAGACGAAGGAGACCCUGCAAGAAAGGUAACGGUGAAGCAGCAGAAGCAGCAACAUGUCUCUGUCCAACAAACUUACCCUGAACAAGGUGGACGUGAAGGGGAAACGCGUCAUUAUGAGGGUUGACUUCAACGUUCCCAUGAAGGACAAACACAUCACCAACAACCAGAGGAUCAAGGCGGCAGUUCCCAGCAUCCAGCACUGCCUGAACAAUGGGGCCAAAUCUGUGGUGCUGAUGAGUCACCUGGGACGUCCUGAUGGAAACUUUGUGCCUGAGAAAUAUUCCCUGGAGCCUGUGGCUGCUGAGCUCAAGACCCUGCUGGGAAAGGACGUCACCUUCCUGAAAGACUGUGUUGGUGCAGAGGUGGAAGCUGCCUGCGCUGACCCAGCUUCUGGAUCUGUUAUCCUGCUGGAGAAUCUGCGGUUCCAUGUUGCAGAAGAAGGAAAGGGCAAGGAUGCUUCUGGAAACAAGACCAAAGCCUCUCAGGAGCAGAUUGACUCCUUCAGGGCGUCUCUGUCCAAACUGGGUGACAUUUACAUCAACGACGCCUUCGGCACUGCUCACAGAGCCCACAGCUCCAUGGUGGGAGUGAAUCUUCCCCAGAAAGCUGCCGGUUUCCUCAUGAAGAAGGAGCUCGACUACUUUGCCAUGGCUCUGGAGAAGCCCCAGAAGCCCUUCUUGGCCAUCCUUGGCGGAGCAAAGGUAAAAGAUAAGAUUCAGCUGAUCAACAACAUGUUGGAUAAGGUGGAUGAGAUGAUCAUCGGAGGGGGCAUGGCCUUCACCUUCCUCAAAGUCCUCAACAACAUGGAGAUCGGUAAUUCCCUGUACGAUGAGGAGGGGGCUGGUAUCGUCAAAGACCUGAUGGCUAAAGCUGAGAAGAAUGGCGUCAAGAUCACGUUGCCCGUCGACUUUGUCACCGCUGACAAGUUUGAUGAGAAGGCUGCCACUGGCACCGCCACAGUCGCUGCCGGCAGUCCUGUUGGAUGGAUGGGUUUGGACUGUGGACCAGAAAGCUCCAAACAUAAUGCCGAGGCAGUGUCCAGAGCCAAGCAGAUCGUGUGGAACGGCCCGGUCGGCGUGUUUGAGUGGGAGAACUUUGCCAAAGGGACAAAGAACCUGAUGGACAAAGUGGUGGAGGUGACCAAGAAUGGCUGCAUCACAAUCAUCGGUGGGGGCGACACUGCCACCUGCUGUGCCAAGUGGAACACAGAGGACAAGGUCAGCCACGUGAGCACUGGGGGUGGUGCCAGUCUGGAGCUGCUGGAGGGUAAAGUCCUGCCUGGUGUGGAUGCCCUGAGCAGUGCCUGAACUUCCCAUCAGCCCACUGCUUUGUGGAGUGAAUGAGAGAGAGAGUGAGUGUGUGUGUGAGAAAGGUGAGUUGCGCUUCAGUCAGACUAGUUUUCUCCUGAAUUAUCAUGAAAAAAAAAAUCCUUUCCUGCUUCCUCGUGUUUCAUUUAACACUGGCAAGUCAUCGUUGAUGUCCGCCACAAGUAGACCUCUCUGUUAGAAGGUGUAGGAUUAACGGUUAUCGGAGACAUUUGUUUGCUGAGGUGAUGACUUGUAUCAACCUGCUGAAAUGACAACAAAGACUUUCCACAGUGUCACUGUUGCUACAGUUAGUCGUCAUCUUCUGUCGGAGAAACUUGAACACUGUUGGCUGUGGUGUGUGUGUUUGUGAGAGUGUGUGGGUGUGUGUGCGCUGCUGCGUCACCUUCCAUAGCUGCCCUGGAGCAUCACGGCACCACUGAGAACAUAUAGAUUCCAUAUAAAUAUAUAUAGUGGUUGUGAGUGUGUGUCCCUAGAUGUUCUAUUUUCUGCCUGUUCACACUAACGUUGGCACUGGUCCUUCCGUCUCUGGCUGUUGGUUUCUGAGCAGCAUCAGACUGAGAGACGUCACUGUUCUCUGCUGAUCUGCUCAGGUUAAUAAAAGGUCUCCAUGUUAAACCUUU